AUGGCCUCUACAAAAGAUGAUAAUAGCAAUAUUGAAGAUAAUAAGAUCGAAGAUAAAUUGAAUGAUAAUUUAUUUAGUGAAGAAAUUUCUGAAAUUGUGCCAUUGAAAUCAAGUGAAAUCAAAGAUUCAAAUAACCAAUUAUCAUCACUAAUAAAAUUAUCCCAAGAUUUUCCAAAAUAUUCAUAUUCCAUUUCGCAAUUAACAUUAAAUACAUCAAUUGUAAAAGAAGUAUCAUUAAAUCAACAUUAUAUUACUAAUGAAAAUAACAUUUUAUGGUUAAAUGGAUUGAUUUUAGAUCAUAAUAAUAUUAAUCCAUUCAGUCCUGGUGUAUCAAUUGAACUGUUGACUUUGCAAAGUAAAUCAGAAUCUAAAACAUCUUUAGAUGUCACAAAAGGAUUGUUUGAUGUUAGAGAUCAGUCAAAAAAUUCAAAUUUAAUUGUUUGGUUCAACGAUUUUGAAAAAGACGAAAAAUAUGAACAUUGGCCAUCUAAAAUAUUUGAGAAAAAUUUAUUCACAACUUUAUUUGUACUUGAUUUAUCUUCAGUGGAGAAAAUAUCAUCAUUAAUGCAUUAUUUGUUAUAUGGUGAUGAUGGUGAUGAUAACAAUAAUAAAAAACUUGAAUUAAUUGAAUUAUUAUUUGAAGAAGUUAUCAAUAAUGAAAAUAAUCUUAUUAAUAGUUUAUCUAAUAAGGGUGUUAAUAAUAAAGAUUCAAUUGAAUUUUGGAAUAACUGGAAGUUUAGUUUUAUUGAUAAAUUAUCACUUAAACCAUCACAUGAUUCUGAUGAAUCAAUAAUUAUAAUUAACGGAAGAAUAAUUGGACCUAUUGAUAAAAAUGAUUUGUUUUUAGUUGAUGAUUUUGGAUUAUUGGUUGAUUUAGAAUUAAAUGAAAGAAUUAAUCCUACUCUUGAUGCAAUUAAAACACUUGAUUUAAUCAAUCAAUUUAAUUUAACUGGUUCAGUUUUUUCAGAUUUUGUUGCAAAAGUCACUUCAGUAAUCUCUGAAUCAACAAUUUCUGAUGUCCCGUUUGGAAUAUUUGAUAAUCAAGAAAUAAAACGAGAUAGACCAUAUAAAAAAUUAUUCAGAGAACAUUGUCGGUUAAAUGUAAUUGGAAAUCUUGAUACUGCUAUCUAUCAAUUCGGUGUUUUACUUGAUCCAAUAAAAAAUAAUAACGAAUAUUUUGAUAUUAAGAACCUAAAAUAUUUAUAUCCAGUUCAUGGCGAUGAAAAAGUUACAAAAACAAUAAUAGUUAUCACUAAUUUCAGUUCACUAAAUGGCAUUAAACAAGGAUUAGAAGCAAUAAAAUAUUUGAAAAAUUCAUUUGAUGUUAGAUUAACUUUUAUUCAUAAUAGUAAUUCAUCGGAAUUAUCAACUUCAAAUCAGAUUAAUAAUGAACCAAUAGAAAUAUCAUCAUUAAUGCAUUAUUUGUUAUAUGGUGAUGAUGGUGAUGAUAACAAUAAUAAAAAACUUGAAUUAAUUGAAUUAUUAUUUGAAGAAGUUAUCAAUAAUGAAAAUAAUCUUAUUAAUAGUUUAUCUAAUAAGGGUGUUAAUAAUAAAGAUUCAAUUGAAUUUUGGAAUAACUGGAAGUUUAGUUUUAUUGAUAAAUUAUCACUUAAACCAUCACAUGAUUCUGAUGAAUCAAUAAUUAUAAUUAACGGAAGAAUAAUUGGACCUAUUGAUAAAAAUGAUUUGUUUUUAGUUGAUGAUUUUGGAUUAUUGGUUGAUUUAGAAUUAAAUGAAAGAAUUAAUCCUACUCUUGAUGCAAUUAAAACACUUGAUUUAAUCAAUCAAUUUAAUUUAACUGGUUCAGUUUUUUCAGAUUUUGUUGCAAAAGUCACUUCAGUAAUCUCUGAAUCAACAAUUUCUGAUGUCCCGUUUGGAAUAUUUGAUAAUCAAGAAAUAAAACGAGAUAGACCAUAUAAAAAAUUAUUCAGAGAACAUUGUCGGUUAAAUGUAAUUGGAAAUCUUGAUACUGCUAUCUAUCAAUUCGGUGUUUUACUUGAUCCAAUAAGUGAAACUGCUCAAAAAUG